UAAUAAUUGCACUUAAUCUAAAUGUAAUUGUAUACUAUUUCCGCUUCGAUCUUGAUCUAUGAAAAAUUUCAAAAAUGAAAUUUUUAGUGUUUUUUGGAAUCGGGUUUUUCAGUGUUUCGUUCGGUGAAGCAUAUUUUCAAAAUGAUUUCGAUUUGUUUCCCGAGUUACCGUUGGGGGUGCCAAAAAGUGUUAACCCAGUGUGCAGGGAGCAUAGUGAACUAUUUGUGGAUAAUUUGAAAAAUUUAACUUUGUGGGCUCACGAAAUGUGGGACGCUACAGCGAAAGCCACAACAGGCGUUCUCAGAGGCAACGCAUUCCAAAUGGGACAGUUCGAACAAUGCUUAACAGCAAAAGCACCAUUCGAGCCUCAAUAUUGUAUGGUGACCGUUACAAUAAACGUUCCAAAUUUGCAAAAACCGAACAGGGACAAGCUGGCAAUCGAUUUCGAUCCGGGAGAUUCGGUUCUGGACAGGCUUUAUAGGUACCAGGAUAGGACUCAACAACCCAGGAACACCAUUAAUAUAGGAUGGUGCAUUCCAGCUUCGUGCACAUUGCAUGAUUUGGAGGUAUCCUUAAACGAUUAUUUGAGUAAUGUAGAAACUCCUUUGAACAAAAAUAACAUUAGUUAUUCUGCAAUUAUUAAAAAGGAGUUUUGCCGUACUGCGUCGGAAAAGCAGUAUUUCACUUAUGCUGACUAUUCUUUUGGCUUACUUGCUCUAAUAUUCAUCCUAUUGGUCCUUCUAUCUACAGUGUAUGAUUAUCAAGUGAACAAUAAGGAAAACGCAGAUGAAAAAGCUAAAAAGAAAUCAACUUCUCAGAAGAUGUUCCUGGCAUUUUCUGCAAGAUCAAAUUUCACAGAGAUGACCCAGUUAGAAACUUCAAACAAUGAUUUGAACAUUUUGUAUGGCUUGAGGACAAUUUCAAUUUUAGUAAUAAUUAUGGAUCAUCGUUUUGGGACUUUUACUUCGUCCGCUUUGAUUAAUUUUGAUUAUGUUGAAAGCCAAUACAGAGCUUUAUUUGCUUGUGUAGUAUUCCACGGAGACCUUUUUGUGGAUACGUUUUUUCUUUUGAGUGGACUUCUGGUGGCCUAUGGAUUACUCAGCCAAUUUGACAAGCGAAUGGUUAGUCCUGGAUUUAUUGUAUUUCUUCGUUAUAUAAGGUUGACUCCUGUAUACGCUUUCGUCAUCUUCUACUACGCAACCCUAUUUGAUUACACUGGAAAUGGUCCUUUAUGGAAAGUCGUAGCCGGAGCAGAUUCUGACGAUUGCAAAAAAAACUGGUGGGCCAAUCUUCUUUACAUUAACAAUUACGUUAAUCCUGAUCACAUGUGUAUGACCCAUGCCUGGUACCUCCCUUGCGAUUUCCACUAUUUCAUCAUAGCCAUAGGCAUUUGCAUUCUUAUCAACAAACACAAAAAAUGGGGCCUUAGCGCUUUAGUGGCCACAACUAUUAUAUCAAUGGCGAUUCCUUUCAUUCUCACUGUUAUAUAUCGUCGACCAGCAAUGUUAAUGUUCUAUCCAGAUUUCCUGACUGGACCCAAGACUCAUCCUGAUUUUUUGCUUACUUACAGUAAGUCACAUACUAGGGCUACGCCGUACUUUAUUGGAAUGUUUGCUGGAUAUAUUUAUUAUUCAUUGAAAGGAAAAGAUUAUCAUGUUUGUAAGACUAAAUCCGCCUUUAUCAUCAUACUCUCCAUUUUAUCCAUCGCUGCCUCAGUUUUCAGUGGGUCAGUUUUCUAUGACCCUUACCACCCUUACAAUCCUUACGAAUCAGGAGCGUACGCUGGACUUCAUCGAGCUUUAUGGGCUCUAGGAAGUAUAGGACUCAUGUAUGUGGCUAGUUAUGGUCAUGCCAGUUUUAUUUCGAAAAUAUUAACUUGGAGCCCUUGGAUACCUUUGAGCAAAUUACAGUAUGGUGCCUACUUAAUCCAUAUGCAAUUUCAACUGAGAUCAGCAGCCACAUUUAUGAAUCCAAGAUACAUUACAUAUUUUGAUUUGAUAAGUCUAUCAGCGUCUGACAUGGUCUUAGCAUUUAUUUGUGCUCUUGCACUUUAUUUGAUGAUUGAAGCCCCUUUCAGGAAGAUUUUUAAGGAAUUACUCAAUUCCAAAAGAGAACCGAAAGGGCCCAAAAGAGUUGAGGAAGCAACGCAAAUUAAUGGUGUAGCGGUUAUUAGUGACACAGAGAAUGGCGUAAUAAGGAAUAGAAAUAACAACAAUAAUAAUACGGUUAAUAUGCAAGACAGUAGAUUGUAAAAUAUUGAGCUUAUUUGGUAUAUUUUUCAAUAUAUUUAUUUUUAAUUCAUAGAUUCUCAUUUUCAAGGUAUAGAUUAUUUUAUUUCUAGAUCUAGAUUAUUGAUAUAACAGCAGAAUAGUAUGUAAUUAUUAAAUCAAUGCAAUUUUAUUUUAUUAUUAAAUCAUAUCAGUUUUAAGGAUUCAUGUAGAUGUUAAUUUUAUUUAAUUAUAUAUAAUAUUUUAAUUAUUUGUUGGAAAAAUAUAUAGUUCUAUUGUAAUUGUUAAUAUUUAUCACGGUUGAAAUAUUAUUCGUGUUGUACCUACUUGUUACUGUUAUUUGUGGUAUUGAAAUUUUAUAUAUUUUAGUAGUGAUUGUUUCCACCUAUUUAUUCAAUAUUCAAAUGUCUUAAUCAUGUAAAUAAUUAAAUUAUGAUAUAAACAAAAUUAAAA